AUGCCCAUCCCCGUCCCCAAGCCCGAGCACCUGCUCGACCUCCUCUCCAUGAAAGGCAAAGUCGUCCUCGUCACCGGCGCCUCCGGCCCCCGCGGCAUGGGCAUCGAAGCCGCCCGCGGCCUCGCCGAAAUGGGCGCCUCCGUCGCCAUCACCUACGCCUCUCGCCCCCAGGGCGGCGAGAAGAACGCCCAGGAGCUGGCCGAGCAGUACGGCGUCAAGGCCAAGGCGUACAAGUGCCAGGUCGACAAGUACGAGUCCGUCGAGCAGCUGGUCAAGGACGUCGUCAAGGACUUUGGCAAGAUCGACGCCAUGGUUGCGAAUGCGGGCGCGACGGCGGAUAGUGGGAUUCUGGACGGGACCGUCGAGGCGUGGAAUCAUGUGAUCGAUGUUGAUCUCAACGGGACGUUCAACUGCGCCAAAGCUGUCGGCCAUCUGUUCAAGGAGCAAGGACACGGUUCCCUCGUCAUCACGUCCAGCAUGAGCGGGCAUAUCGCCAACUACCCGCAGGAGCAGACGAGCUACAACGUCGCCAAAGCCGGCUGCAUCCACAUGGCCAAGUCGCUGGCGAACGAGUGGAGGGACUUUGCGCGCGUCAACAGCAUCUCGCCCGGUUACAUUGACACUGGGUUGAGCGACUUCGUGGACAAGGAGACGCAGAAUUUGUGGAUGAGCAUGAUUCCGAUGGGCAGGAAUGGUGAUGCGAAGGAGUUGAAGGGGGCGUAUGUGUACUUCUGCUCGGACGCCAGCACGUACUGCACGGGCGCGGAUCUGUUGAUUGAUGGCGGAUACACCUGCAGGUAG